AUGCGGAGAGGAAGGAAGGGAAACUCGCCCAGCAACUCCACACCGCCGCAGCCGAGCCUCGCACGGCCAGCCAGGGCGAUGACCACCCGCCGCGUCUCCCAGGAGACCUCCAAGUACUUUGCCGCCGCCGUCGCCUCGCCCCGAAGGUCCGCACGCGUCUCCCUCUCGCGCUUCGCGCACCGCGAGCGCGCCCUGGCAACUGCAACAAAAGACGUCGACAGCGAAGGCGACAAGGACGACAGUGACUCCGGCUCCUCCGGCUCCUCCGGCUUCUCCCCCGCCGGAUCGGACAUCGAAGAUGCCGUCCCCCCCGGGCGUCCGGUUCGCCCUCGUCGGGCCCCAGCCCGCGGGAAGGUGAGCGCCUCGUCGAUAGUCGCGGAGGCGACACGGAAGCGGAAGCGGACCGCCACGGUGGUGGCCACAACAGCCGUCAUAAAAAGCGAGACCUCAACUACCGAAACGACAGUCGAGGCCGGCUCCGAAGCCGACCAGAAACCAGCGUCCAAGCCCCGGCGCGACCGCAAGCCGGCGCGGGCGCGGACGGACCCCACGACCGGGGUGGUCAAGGUGGAGCCGCCGUCGGACUGGGAGGAGAUGUACGCGCUUGUCAAGGAGAUGCGCCUGACGGGGCCGGCGAAGGACGCGGCCGUCGACACGAUGGGCUGCGAGCGGCUGGCGUCGCCCGACGCGUCGCCCAAGGACCGACGCUUCCACACGCUGAUCGCGCUCAUGCUCAGCUCGCAGACCAAGGACACGGUCAACGCCGUGGCCAUGGCCCGCCUCAAGUCGGAGCUGCCGCCCUGCCGCGACGGCGCCCCCGCGGGCCUGAACCUGGACAACGUCCUGGCCGUCGAGCCGGCCGUGUUGAACAGUCUCAUCUACGGGGUCGGGUUUCACAACAACAAGACCAAAUACAUCAAACAAGCAGCCGAGAUACUCCGCGACCGGUGGGCGGGCGACAUACCCGACACGAUCGAGGGCCUCAUGUCCCUCCCCGGCGUGGGGCCCAAGAUGGCGCACCUCUGCAUGUCGGCGCCCAACGGCUGGGACCGGGUCGAGGGCGUCGGGGUCGACGUGCACGUGCACCGCAUCACGAACCUGUGGGGGUGGAACGCCUCCUCGGGGUCCCCGACCAAGAACCCCGAGGCCACGCGCGCCGCGCUCGAGUCGUGGCUGCCCCGCGACCGCUGGCGCGAGAUCAACUGGCUGCUCGUCGGGUUCGGCCAGACGGUCUGCCUGCCUGUCGGCCGCAAGUGCGGCGGCUGCGAGGUCGGCCUCGCCGGCCUGUGCCGUGCCGCCGACCGGAAGAAGGUGGCCGAGGGCAGGAGGAUGAGGGAGGAGGGAGGGGUCCUUCUUAGGAAGAAGGAUGAGGUUGCGAAAGUCAAGAUGGGCGGCCUCGACGACUGCGGCGGCGGCGGCGGCGGCGGCGGCGUGGCUGCAGCAACUCUGAAGAAUGAAGAGGAGAUCACGGCGGUCAAGAAGGAGGAGACGGUGGAGACGGCCGUAAAGCAGGAGGCUGCGGAUGAGCUGGUGCCGAUCAAGGAAGAAGCGCCCGAGUCACCAGACGCGCGCCCGGCAAAGACGCGGAGGCGGGUCAGGGGUAGACCCCAUCAUCCCACCCUGUUGUGCAGCAGCAUCACCGCGGGAAAAAAGGAGCCGUUGGAAAUGACAAUGCCCACGUGUAGAAAAAUGGCGGGCGGCCAGGGUGACUGCGCCAGUGAUGCCUACCGCCCACGCAACGCUAAGGAAGAAACCUGA